CUUCCCCGCCUGCGCAUGCGCGGCGCGGGGCGCGCUGGGAGUUGUAGUCUUCUCCGGGCGCCGUCAAGCGAAACGCGACGGCGACGGCGGCUUUUGCGACGGUGGCGCCGUAAAGCGCGGCGUGUUGUUGACAGCGGCGGGCGGAGUAGGAACUUGGCCCGGCAAGAGACAGACAUGAGCAAAGCCAGGAGGAUGCCACCGGGCCACGGUGCCGCCAUCGCCAGGCAGAUGGGUUUGCUGGUGGACCUCUCUCCGGAGGGGACUGCAGGGGAUGACACCGGAGAUGAUGCCGCCGAGCUGGAGGCUGAGCUGCUGGCGCUGGUGGGAGGCCGAGCUGCGCCGGGAGAGAAGCCCAAGGGGAAAACCCCUUUGCCGAUGGAGGCGAUUGAGAAGAUGGCUGCCCUCUGCAUGAAGGACACGGACGAGGAGGAGGAGGGGGAUGAUGAAGAAGAGCUGGAAGAUGAAGACGAUCUCAUGGCCGAGCUGCAGGAGGUGCUGGGCGAAGGGGAAGGGAACACGGAUGCACCGGUGCCUCCCGCCAAGCUGCAGGUGCCGGAGGCGCUUCCGGAGCCCAGCGACAUCGAGCCCACGCUGGCGGAGCGGGCAGACAUGUAUCGGACGGCCAUCGCCAACGCCAAGCAGGCCGGGGACAGCUCCAGGGUGCGGCGCUACGAGAGGGGCCUCAAGACGCUGGAGAACAUGCUGGCCUCCGUCAAGAAGGGAAAAAAGAUCAACGAGGAGGAAAUCCCCCCUCCAGUGGCGCUGGGGAAGGGUGCGAGCUCCCCGCAGCCCUCUCCGGUGUCCCCCCCGCCAGCCGCCCGCCCCGGCUCCCCGCAGCCGCCUCCACAGCCGCCCGCUGCCUCUGCCUCCAAGCCACAGCCGCCCCCCAUUCUCCCGAAGCCUCAGGUCCUGCCCGUCAGCUCUCCGGAGGUGAAACCAUCUCCUCCCUUGCCGUCUUCCCACCCAGGCAAAGGCUCUGACCGUGCCAGCGCCGAGGCACUGUUGCGGGGCCGGCAGCGGGAGUACAAGCUUGCGGCGCUGCACGCCAAGCAGCGUGGAGACCUGGAGAUGGCCACAAAGUACUACCGGGUCGCAAAGAGCUUUGACUCCUUGCUCGAAGCGGCAGGGAAUGGCCAGCCGGUGGAGCUGAGCAGUGUGCCGCCUCCUCCCGACCAGCUGCCAAAGGAGUUGUCGCCUGGCCAGCCGCAGCCUGCCGCAGCGGUGCCUGUGCCAGAAGUUAAACCAGCAUCUCCCGCAGCAGACGUUCCCCCCCCUCCCCGGGAUGUGCUGGAGGCUCUGCAGCAGCGGAUGGAGCGGUACAAGACGGCGGCGGCGCAGGCCAAGAGCAAGGGAGAUGACCGGAAGGCCCGGAUGCACGAGCGCAUUGUCAAGCAAUACCAGGACGCCAUCCGGGCGCACAAAGCUGGGAAAACGGUGGAUUUCUCGGAGCUGCCCGUUCCGCCAGGCUUCCAGCCUAUCCAGGGCACGGAGACGCCGUCCGGAGACCAAAGCAUCGCUGGAGUGCUGGAAACGGCCAUGAAGCUGGCCAGCCAGGAGGUCCACGAGGAGGAUGAUGGUGCUGAAAAGGCAAAGCCCCCUCUGACGCCAUCCCUUCUGUUCCCGGCACAGCCUGCCGCCAGCCCUGCCCCAGCGAGAGCCGCUGCCGCCUCCCAGCCCAAGCAGCCACCGCCGCCUCCCCAAACCUCCUCUGCGGGUGCCCCCAGUUCUGCCGGAGUGGCCAAACCAGCCCCCAAAACCACCGCGAAAGCCCAGCAGCAGCUGGCAUUCCUGGAAGGCAGGAGGAAGCAGCUGAUGCAGGCCGCCCUCCGUGCCAAGCAGAAGAACGACAUCGAAGGGGCAAAGCUCUUCCUGCGCCAGGCCAAAGGGCUGGACCCCAUGAUUGAGGCCUCGCAGAAUGGCUUGCCUGUCGAUAUAACCAAGGUCCCCGAAGCCCCCGUGAACAAGGAGGACUUUGUGCUCGUGCAGCGUCGGGGGGUGCACAUCUCUCCCGAGGCAGCCAGCCAGUACCUGGAGCUGAUGAAGCUGAUCCGGCAGCAGCACGAGAUGUGCAUGAAUUACUCCAAGCAGUUCACUCACCUGGGGAACAUUGCGGAGACGACCAAGUUUGAGAAGCUGGCUGAGGACUGCAAGCAGAAUAUGGAGAUCCUGAAGCAGGCCCACGCCCGGGGCUUCCCGCUGCCCAAGUACCAUUAUGAGCAACGAACUUUCAGCGUCAUCAAGAUCUUUCCGGAGCUGAACAGCAAUGACAUGGUGCUGUCGAUAGUGAAAGGGAUCAACCUCCCGGCACCACCAGGUGUGGCUCCCAACGAUCUGGACGCCUUCGUGCGCUUCGAGUUCCCCUACCCCAACGCGGAGGAAGCUCAAAAAGACAAGACCAACGUCAUCAAAAACACCGAUUCUCCCGAGUUCAAGGAGCAGUUCAAGCUGUACAUGAACCGAGGGCACCGGGGGCUCCGGCGGGUCCUUCAGACCAAAGGCAUCAAGUUUGAAGUGGCGCAUAAAGGGGGGCUGUUCAAGACGGACCGCGUCAUCGGCACAGCCCAGCUCAAGCUGGAGGCACUGGAGACGGCGUGCGAGGUUCGGGAGAUCAUUGAGCUGCUGGAUGGCCGCCGGCCCACGGGGGGGAAGCUGGAAGUGAUCGUGCGGAUCAGGGAGCCCCUGAGCUCCCAGCAGCUGGAGACGAGGACGGAGCGCUGGCUGGUCAUCAACCCCAGCACCAUGCCGCCGGUUGCCGUCCCCAAACCCAAACCGGCCGUCGCUCCCGCAAAGGAAGUGAACAACAGCAGGGCCGUGCCGGCGUUGCCCAGCCUCAACCUGCUGGCCUUCGACCAGGAGAAGCUGGAGAGGAAGAUGCUGGCGUACAGGCAGGCGCAGCGGCCGGUCCCCCCCGAGCUGCGGGAGCAGUACCAGGACAUCGCCCGGCGCAGCCAGCUCCUGCGGUCGCGCCUGCAGCACGGCGACCCCCCCUUCCGCAAAGAGUACCUGGCCCAGCUGGAGCGGUACCUGCAGCUCUACACCGAGACAGCGAGGCGCCUGGGCACCGAGGGCAACCGGGACGCGGCCAAGGAAGCGCUGUACAAGAGGAACCUGGUGGAGAGCGAGCUCCAAAAGUUCCGCCGAUGAGCUGCCCCCCCCCCCCCCUGGGGCUGGGACCAAAUGGGGGUGCAGGCGCUUUUGGGGGGGGGGGGGGGGCACACACGGGACAACCCCCCCCCCCCCCAGGCGCUGCUGUGACAAUCACAGGGAUCAGAGCUGCUAUGUGUGUGUCCCCCCCGGUCCUUCCCCCUGGGGACACAAUGACACUAACCCCCCCCUCACCCACUCCCGGGGUCCCCGUCCGUCCCCCCCACACACCAAAAAGCACUUUGCCCCCCUCCCGCGGCGGCCGGGCGGGCAGGGACCUCUCUCCCCCCCCCACCCCGUCCCCCCCUCCCUGUCACCCCUCCAAGUGCCUGUCCCCAGGGGCCGGGCUGCGCAACGGGUUUAUUUUGUGCUUUCACACACAAAUCUAUAAAGUUUUUAA